UUUCAGAGAUUAUUUGAAUGGAGAUCUCUGAAACUUCGCACAAUGAAUCGGGUCCUCCUGUUCAAGAAAAUGGAAUUGUCGAGAUUCCGGUGGAAGAAGGAGAAGAAGUGAAUGACGAAGAGUCAAAUAUGGAAACUGUCGAUUUAGGAUUGGAUGAUUCAGCGGCCGAUGCGUCAAGUCCGAGUGUUUUCAAAAAUAUUGACGAUGAAGCUCCUGGAGAUCCUUCUGACGCUGCGAAAAAGGAAGAGGAUUCGGAAGAAAUUGUUGUUCCAUCAGUUUUAGCUCCAACGCCAUCUCAAGAAGUUUCACCGCCGAAUGCGAUAGAAUCACUUCCGCCGUUACCAGAAGGAAAAGAAUUGGAAUUAGAGCCGGAAGAGCUGACACCGGCUCAAUUUUUCAUCGAAUACGAUUUGACUCAACCAUCAACACCUGGAACACAAAGCCGUCGUGACAGUUAUAGUGCGACUGGAAACAUUUCGAGACGUGGAAGUUUGGCGUCCUUCUCCAAAUCAUUCAACAUUUCUAUUCCAUUCAGUGAUGAUGUGACUUCUUCUCUUCCGCGACUUCUCUCCAAGACCACUUUAAUUCAUUCAAAUGAAGAAGGCGCAGAUGAGACGAUCCAACGACUUGUAACUGUGCUUCAUUCGAAUUCUCCCAACACAGAUCGUACUCAAGUUGUGGAUAAUCUCUUCAAUUUGCUCGUUGGCGGACAUUUUGAUCAGGAAUCGAAAUUUGUGAUUGAAGAUGCCGCGAAUGUUGAUCAUAUGUUAACACUAUUGUCGCAUUGUGAUUAUGAUUUGCAGAAUGAAAUAUGGAGUCUAUUUUUGGCAGUUAUGAAAAAAAGCAAUCGAAAUUUGGAAGCGUGCACGCGUGUGGGAUUAAUAUCAAAAGUUCUCGAUAUACUACCAGAAGCACCACCACUUCUUGCCGAUCUACUCGUUCAAAUUAUUGCUGCACUAGUCGCUUAUUCGAUUAACGUGAAGCAGACUAAACAUCUCCUUCGGGCUCUGAAAUCUACAAAAGAACAAUGGCCUCCAAACUCGUUGAAGUUGCUUCAUGUGCUAAAGGAGAUGCCACAGCAUGAUAGUGCAGACGUCUUUUUCUCAUUCCCAGGAAAAGAUCAAUCUGGAAUUAUUUUACCACCAAUCAAAACGAUGCCAUAUCAGCAAGGAUGGACAUUUGCCACGUGGCUUCGAAUGGAGCCGCUCAACAGUGUCACUUUUGAAAAAGAACAACCGGUGUUGUAUAGUUUUCGAACGUCGAAAGGAGUUGGAUAUUCAUGUCAUUUCACUGGAAACUGUUUGGUUGUGAAUGUAGAGAAAACGAAAGGAAAAGAGCAAUCACGAUGUGUUCGAGCAGAAUUGGGAGCCAGAAAAUGGCAUCACAUUGCAAUUGCACAUUGCUAUUCCCGUUGGGGUCGAAGUGAUAUUAAAUGUUUCAUUGAUGGACAACUUGCCGAGACAAUUGAACUCUCCUGGGUAGUAACAUCUGCAACCAACUGGGAUCGUUGUUCGAUUGGUGUUUCUGCUGAUGGAACGGCAAACAGUGCAUUCUGUGGUCAAAUGGGUGCUAUGUACCUUUUUGCAGAAGCACUUACACUUCAACAAGCCAAUUCUCUAUUCUGUCUUGGUCCUGUUUAUCAAUCAACGUUCAAGCACGAUUCAGAGACCAGUUUGCCGGAAGGAUACAAAAAGCAUCUGUUUGAUGGCCACCUUCACUCAUCCUUGGUAUUCGCUUAUUGCCCCAAGAACUGCCAUGGACAACUGUGCCUCUACACUCCUCCAAAAACUGCAGCGAGCACGUAUUUUGUGCAAAUUCCACAUGCUGUUAUGAAAGAGGGAGUUGAAGUUAUCACAACCCAUUCGAUCCACAAAUCUCUUCAAUCUGUUGGAGGAAUUCAGAUUUUACUUCCACUUUUUGCCCAGAUUGAUUUGCCAUCUUCAAAUGAUAAUUCGAUUGAUGGAGAAGUUUGUCAAACCCUCCUCUCUCUGAUUGCACUUUUGCUCUCAAGUUCACAAAGUUCUCAGCAGCAGCUUUUCCAUAGCAAAGGAUUCUUGAUUAUAUCAUCUUGCCUUCAGAAAGCUUCACCAUCACAUUUAUCAAUGAAAGUUCUUGAACAACUCAUCCAUAUUGCGAAGUUCUUGCUCCGUUGCCCAGCUGGUGGUCCACUUCUCAAGCAUCUUUUCGAUUAUAUUUUAUUCAAUCCGAAAUUGUGGAUCAGAGCACGUCCAGAGGUUCAAGUACAUCUCUAUCAAUAUUUGGCCACUGAUUUCCUGGCGAAUAACAACUUCUCACAGAUGCUCAGACGGGUUCCAACGGUCAUUGAAAUGUGUCAUACGUUGAAACAUUUUUACUGGUUGGCACUUCCACAGACGGUUUCUGAUUAUACAAUUGAAGAAAGACCGGAGAACUUUGCAACGGCUGAUAUCGUUGCUAUUAGAAGUUCUAUUCUUACUUUUAUUAAUCGAAUUAUCAUUGCAUCAGCUGGGCCUGAAGAGGAAGAGAGAGUACGUGAUCAAGAAGUACAUACAUUGUUGAAUUUACUGGCUACUGUAAGAGAAGAUGACAAUUUGUAUGAUGUCCUGGCUCUUGUGACAAGAUUGCUUGCUGAGCAUCCAGCCAUUAUGAUACCUGCAAUUGAUAAGAAUAAGGCACUUGGAAUUAUUUUUAAUCUUCUUGCUGCUCCAAAUGAAUUGAUUCGAAUUCCGGCUCUCAAAAUACUUGGAUUUUUCCUCUCACGGUCAACAUUGAAGAGGAAGACGGAGUCAAUGGGAAAUCAAAAUCUUUUCUCGUUAAUCGGAGAACGUCUGCUGUCUCACAAGAAAGUUCUCUCACUACCAACUUAUAACGUUCUCCUGGAGAUUCUCGUCGAACAAAUGACACCAACUUUCACCUACGCGUGCCAUCAACCAGCUCAACCAGAAUGGAAGUUUGAAAAUCCUCAUCUUUUGAAAGUCAUUGCUCAUGUGAUAAGUCAAUGUGAAGAAUCGGAAAAUAUUGUUCAGAUUAAAAAGUGUUUCCUCAUUGAUAUAAUCAAUUUAUGUAGAGAAAGCAAAGAGAAUCGGAGAACUAUCCUCCAAAUGUCAGUUUGGCAAGAUUGGCUUAUAGGCUUAGCCUACGUGUUCCACACUACAGAAUCUCAAAACGAAGUCAGCGAACUUGUUUGGGAAGCAUUCUCAAUUCUUCUACACCACGCACUUCGUAAUGAGUACGGUGGAUGGAGAGUUUGGGUGGAUACACUUGCAAUUGCUCACUCGAAAGUCAGUUUUGAGAAGUUUAAGAGGAAGUUGGCUGAAGCGAAAAUCAAGGCAGAACGAAGUGAAAGUGGUGGAGAAGAAGCAAAAAUGGAGCCAACGCCGAUAUAUCGUGCUCCAGAAUUUGCAUGGUCAGAUGUUCAUGUUCGUCUUCUGGCUGAUCUUUUAUCUGGAAUUGAACGAGUGGUUGAUGAGUGGAAAGUGGCCGAAUGUGGAAUAUCUGAUCAAUGUAAUGCAUCUGAAAAUCAAGUAUUCGUUGGAAACGUUGUUCACGUGGUCUCCCAGUUAUCUGAUAGUCUUAUCAUGGCUUGCGGAGGACUAUUACCACUUUUGGCCAGUGCGACAGCUCCGAACAACGAUAUGGAAAUUGUGGAUCCUUGUCAACAGCAACUUCCGAUUUCUGUGUCUGCUGGAUUCCUGAUGCGUUUCGCACGUCUCGUCGAUACAUUCGUUCUUGCUUCAGGAGUAUCAUUUUCUGAAUUGGAACAAGAAAAGAAUAUGCCAGCUGGGGGUGUUCUUCGUCAAUCACUUCGAAUUUCUGCAACCGUAACUGUUCGUCAUAUCCUGGCUUCAAGAAUUCAACAGCCAGAUACUCCGAGAUACGAAACCAACUCAACAAAGAAAAAUCAAUGCAUUAUGGAAUUUGUGAGAGAAGCACUUGAAAAGAGAUCUCCGGAUGGUCUGGAAAAUGUAGAACGACUGGUGCAGGAUUCAGAUAUUACAAGAAUUAAAGGAGUCGUCUAUCGAGAUAUGGUUGAAGAGAAUCGACAAGCUCAAUUCCUUGCGCUCUCUGUUAUUUAUUUGGUAUCUGUUUUAAUGGUAUCAAGAUACAGAGACAUUCUGGAGCCACCUUCAUCUCCAUCACCAUUCUUUGAUUCGACAACUCAGAAACAGGAAAAUUCGGAGAAUGUUAAUUCUGAGACAUCGCCUGAAAAUGGUUCGAAUGGUAAAUUGGCGAAUGGUGGAGAUAACUUAAGUAUUAAAAAUGGAAUUGAAUCCAAUGGAAAUGAUGGUGAAGAAGAAGAGAAUGGAGAAGAAGGACAAGGUGAUGAUGGUGGUAGGAUAGCAGCGAUUAAAGUUGCAAAUGCUGAUAUGAAAAGAGGCGAUGGAAAUGAAUAUGAUGAAGAAGAACUUUCAAAAAUGCAUCAAUCGAAUGGAAGAAGACCAUCUACCAUGAUGCCAGUUCAACAGACUGCUGAACGACGAGCCUAUUUGACAACUAAGCUUCAGACUGCUCUUGAAACGUGUGCUCCUUUAUUACGAGAGAUGAUGUCAGAUUUCCGUGGAUAUCUUCAGAAGACACUUUUGGGAACACAUGGUCAAGAGAUUAUGAAUGAUACAAAAGUUUUGGAAACACUUCGUAAUCGAAAUGCUUCCGUCAUCGAACUUGUGAUGCUUCUGUGCUCACAGGAAUGGCAGACUUCGCUUCAAAAACACGCUGGCCUCGCAUUUAUUGAGCUUGUGAACGAAGGUCGAUUAAUGGCUCAUGCAACACGAGAUCAUGUUCUACGAGUUGCCAAUGAGGCUGAUUUUAUUUUGAAUCGAUUAAGAGCUGAGGAUGUGAGCAAACAUGCACAGUUUGAGGCGGAAUCUCGAGAACAACUUGCUGCUCGUCAUGAGGAAUACGGUAGAUGUGAUCUAUUAAUUGCGUCUGGACGACUUCGUGAUUCUAUCAAUGCUACACGUCUUUUAGAGAAAAUGUCGGCUAUAUUGAGUGAUCAGGAUGAUUCGAAAUCUGGAACUCAAUUCUGGAAGCUUGACGUUUGGGAGGAUGAUAGUCGACGUCGUAAACGAUUUGUGCCAAAUGCAUACGGUAGUCGACACGAAGAAGCCAAUCUUCCCGAAGGAGAAAAGAAUGAGGAACCAGAGAUUUCAGAGCAAGAAAAGAUUCGGAAAGUUCUUAAGGGCUUGUUCUCAAAACGCCAAAAUUCAAGUGGAAGCCACGAAUUGGUCGAUGAAUCGGAUAUUGAUAAGUGGGCUCAAGAAGUGGAUCCAACACCAUCAAGUCAAAGUGCCUGCUUCUCGACUACUGCAAAGUUGAUUGCUCCAGGAGUCGUGGUUCCUGGAACUCUUUCUGUAACUGCCAAUGAUCUAUUCUUUGACGCUAAUGAAUCGGAUCCAAAUUACAAGAAACAAUGUGCUCAGGUUCUUCGAUAUUGUGAAGCUCUACAUGCCAGGUGGAAUCUUCAAGAAAUUCGAGCAAUUUUCCUUCGACGAUAUCUUCUUCAGAACACUGCGUUGGAAUUAUUCCUUGCGUCAAGAACUGCCAUCAUGUUUGCUUUUGAUUCAGAAGAUGCUGUAAAGAAAGUAGUUUAUCAAUUGCCAAGAGUUGGAGUUGGAGUCAAAUAUGGACUUCCACAAUCUCGAAAAACUUCACUUAUGACACCACGCCAACUCUUCAAACAUUCGGAUAUGUGUGCUAAAUGGCAAAAACGUGAAAUCUCGAAUUUUGAUUAUUUGAUGUUCUUGAAUACGGUAGCUGGUCGAACCUUCAAUGAUCUGAGUCAGUAUCCAGUGUUUCCGUGGAUUCUUACCAACUACACUUCAGACACUCUUGACUUGAGUGUUGCUUCUAAUUUUAGAGACUUGUCAAAGCCAAUUGGAGCCCUCAGUGAAGCACGUCGAAAAUUCUUUAACGAUCGAUAUACGAGUUGGGAUGAUGAUCAAGUUCCGGCUUUCCACUAUGGAACACAUUAUUCGACUCCAGCAUUUACACUCAACUGGUUACUUCGUGUGGAACCUUUCGCCUCGAUGUUUAUCAAUCUUCACGAUGGAAAGUUUGAUCAUCCUGAUCGUAUCACUCAUUCGAUCAAGGAUAGCUGGGACAGAUGUCAGAGAGAUUCUCAUGAUGUGAAAGAGUUGAUUCCCGAGUUGUUCUACCUCCCUGAAAUGUUCCGAAAUUCUUCCAAAUUCAACUUGGGUCGACGUGCUGACGGAACCCCAGUUGAUGAUGUUGUGCUCCCACCAUGGGCGGAAUCACCAGAACAUUUUGUGUUGAUGCAUAGACAGGCACUUGAAUCUGACCUAGUCUCUUGUCAACUUAAUCAAUGGAUUGACCUCAUUUUUGGAUACAAACAGCGUGGCGCUGAAGCUGUUCGAGCCACAAAUGUUUUCUAUCAUCUGACUUAUGAAGGAACUGUUACACCAAAAAUGGCAGAAACCCCUGGUCAAGUAGCUGCAAUUGAACAACAAAUUCUAUCAUUUGGGCAAACACCAUCACAGCUUUUGACUGAAGCUCAUCCACCGAGACAUUCUAUUAUGAGUAUGGCACCAACUAUGUUCAGAAGACACGAUGAGGACCUUUGUAUGAUGAUGAAGUAUAUUUCGAAUAGUCCAGUCGUGUAUCUCGCUGCAAACACAUUCCAUCAAUUACCACAGCCCACGGUGGUCGGUGUUGCUCAGAACUUGGUAUUCUCAUUGAACAAGUGGGAUAAUUCUUAUAGUUAUGGAGCCAGUCAACGAAGUGCUCUUUCAAUGGAUCCAUCGAAUGCUGAAGGACAAGUUUCACUUCCAUUGACUGCUGAUGCUCAAUUAGCUUCGGCGGCUUCAACAACUCCAGUUGCUCGUCGUCAUCUUGGAGAUGCAUUCGAUCAGAGACUCACUGUUCAAUGCUCCAAUUUUGUCACUACCACUGAUAGCAAGUUCAUUUUUGCUUGUGGAUAUCCUGAUUAUAGUUUCCGAAUUGUUGACACGGAUUCUGGACGAGUUCGGCAAGCAGUCUAUGGUCACGGUGACGUGGUAACUUGUAUUGCUCGCAGUGAAACAAGUCUUUUUAGUGAUUGCUAUGUAGUCACUGGAAGUAUGGACUGUACUGUUGUUCUUUGGCAUUGGAAUGGAACUACUGGAUUCAUUGCUGGUGAAUACAAUCAACCUGGAGAAGUUCCAUCUCCACGUUCUAUUCUGACUGGCCACGAGGCUUCGAUUUCUGCGUUGUGCGUGUCUGCUGAACAUGGACUAGUUGUCAGUGGUUGUGAGGAUGGUGUCAUUUUGAUUCACACGACAUCUUCGGAUCUUCUUCGUCGUAUUCGUGGACAUGGAAUCGUAACUCAACUAUCAAUGAGCAGAGAAUGCAUUUUGCUCUCAUUAUUCGAUUCGAAACGAAUGGUUACUUAUUCAGCGACGGCUAAGAAGCUUGAUGAAGUGUUGGUUGAUGAUAAAAUCGAAUGCGUAACUGUCACUCGUGAUGGUGAAUUUGCGGUAACUGGAGCAGUGAAUGGAAGAAUAAAUAUUUGGAGAAUGUUCCCACUUACAAAGUUAUACACAUAUCAGCCCCUCAAUAGCGCCGUUCGGUCUGUCGCAGUUGUUGCUUCCCAUCGUUUCAUUCUUGGUGGCCUUGAUUCUGGAGCCAUCGUCGUUUUCAAUGCUGAUUUUAACCGAUGGCACUACGAAUACAAACAUCGAUAUAUUCAGAAUACAUCGGCUGCGAAGCCGGUUCAACAGUCUCCUCAAAAAUAACUUCUCACGAGUUCAAGAUUCACAAAUAUAUAUUAUUCAAAUAUUAGCUCUACCCUUUCCCAAAUAAAAUCAUUAAGACGUUGUGAUAUUUUUAUACUGUGGUUGUGAUUGCCCCCCGCCCCAUUUUCAUUGUUUUCUUAAAUAUAAUAAUUCCAACAGAAGCUAAUUAUUACACUUCAGAAAUUUAUUUAUAUUAUUGACAUGUCUAUUCUUCUUUUUUUUCUCAAAGUGGUCCUUUGAUCUGUUUCUCAAAACUCUGCUCCAAAAAUCAUCACUUUUUCGUGUUACAAAUAAAAUAAUAUACUUUUA